GAUCUGCUGCUCUCAAGUUAGUACUAAUUUUAACGUUUGGACCCAUAUUGUCUACACGAACACGUUCUGUCCAGUUCAAUUCGACCAAAUUAAAAGACUUCCAACUUGAGUUGUGGCAUCCCUCUCUAUAGCUAACAAUAAUAUACCAUCAAACCUAUUCAUUCAUCAACGAUAAGGAGUCCUUGUUCGAUCAGAAAGUUCUUUUUUUUUUUGUUGUUUUCGGGUGAAUGAUAAGCCUUUGGUCCGGUGGAAAAUCUGUUCAUCAUAUAGUACCAAGUAUAACUAUGUCAGCUGCUGCAAGAAACUCUCCCUACAAACUUCAGGAUUUGGUCACCCUACUUUACCGUUAUAGACUUUCUUCAUCGGUGGCAAAUGCCGGCAACCGCCAGUUCUUGUCAUCCAAGUUCCGUUGUGGCAAUUACAUGAAUCAAGGGUACUUAAGAUCAUUCACUAGCGCCCCCAUCGACCAAGCUGAUGCAAAAGGAAAACCCGAUUUUCAAAUAUUGAAGGACGCAGAGAAGAAGGUUCAGCCAACGUUGCCGGCUUCUGCUGACAAGCAAAGCUUUUCAUCGUGGGCCAAGUGGCUUUUGGGUUCUUUGAUGACAUUAUUGUUGCCUUUCUGGAAGCAAGAGUGGGAAAGCUUACGAGGACUGGAAGGGAAGGUGGAAAAGGUCGUUGGAGAGGUAGAAGUUGUAGCGGAGGUGGUGGAGAACGUGGCCACUGUGACGGAGAAGGUGUCAGCAGAGGUGGCUGAAAAGCUUCCGGACAAUAACAAAAUCAAAGAAGCUGUGCUGGCGGUAGAACACUUAUCAAGUGUGGCCGCUCAAGAGGCUAAAUUAAUCGAAGAUUUUAUUCACAACGUUGGUGACAUGAAGCAAGACCUGAAAGAGAUGGAGAAAAUAGCAGAGCCUGCAAUUGAAAAAGUAGUGGAACCCCAUCAUCAAGAACAAGCAGCUUAGAUGGACGCGAUUUUCUCGUGGCAAGGAGUAUUUUCCACGGCACUAAACGUGCAAUGCUAAUUAGUUCCCUGAUCCAUUUCUGUAAAAGCCUCGUCUUUGUUCUGUAAAUAACUGAUCAAUUCGUACGUGCAAUUUGCAGAUGGCUAUUGAAAGACCAAUAAGUUGAGCUUGGAAAAUGCUCUUUUAGAUUCCACUUGAUGAUCGAAUUUUGCGUAAUUAACAGUCUAUUAAUUGUUUUUGUUCUUCUG